AUGGCUCGUGGUGGCAAAAACACCAACCCCAUUCCAUCCUCUUCUUCUACAUCCAACGUUGCUUCCUCCUCUACUUCCAUGGAGGACUCUGCAAGCCCUUACUAUCUUCAGAAUGGUGAUCAUCCUGGUCUCAUUCUGGUCACUCAUUCCCUCACUGGACCCAACUUCAAUUCCUGGAAUCGAGCAAUGCUCAUUGCUCUUACUGCAAAAAACAAAGUGUGUUUUGUUGAUGGCAGUCUCCUUCGUUCUGAUCACUCUGAUCUUCUCUUUGCUGCUUGGACCCGAUGCAACUCUAUGGUAAUUUCAUGGCUUCUCAACUUUGUCUCCAAAGAGAUUGCUGAUAGCCUUAUAUAUUUUUCAACAGCUUAUGAUCUCUGGGAUGAUCUCUGUGUUCGCUUCCAUCAAGCCAAUGGACCGCGUAUAUUUCAGUUGAAGCAGCAAAUCUCUUCGUUGCAUCAAGGGAGUCUGGAUGUCAACACUUAUUAUACAAAGCUGAAGAUUCUUUGGGAUGAACUCAAAGAUUAUUCUCCCAACCUUGCUUGCACUUGUGGUGCUCUUCGGAUUUUAUCAUCCACCCAACAACAAGACUAUGCCAUGCAAUUUUUAAUGGGGUUGAACGACUCAUUUUCUUCAAUCAGGGCCCAGAUCCUUCUUAUGGAACCACUGCCUCAGUUAUCUCGCGUCUUCUCUUUAGUCAUACAAGAGGAACGCCAAAGGCAAAUCACGUAUUCCUUCCCUCCAUCCCUUGAUACUCCAAUGAUGAACACCGCCUCUACCGUUCCUGCUGCAUCUGUUAUGGCUUCAUCGCCGGUUACUGCCGCUGUCUCCGCUCCACGCCGCCCUCGUCCUUACUGCACCCACUGCCAGCAAUUGGGCCAUGUCCGAGACAAGUGUUUUAAGCUUCAUGGCUUCCCACCGGGUUACAAACCCAGAAGCCCCAAAAACCCAUAUGGCCCACCUCCACAUCAGGCCCAAAUUCACUUAGCCACUACUCAACCCUAUUCCUCUCCACCCCCACACGAUCCCCUCACCCCCACUCAAUAUCAUCAGCUAAUUUCCCUGUUCCACAAAAACCCUGAUCCCACCAUCACCACACCUUAA